AUGGACCCUCGUAUGAUAGGUCAACCAUUCAUGCUGCGGCACCGCUCGGCACUAAUUUAUCGGAGACAUGAUGAUUGUCCGGGCUUCACAGGACCUACUCCCCGAUACCGAGAACACUCGCCCUUCAGCCCUGGCGAAGACUCAGCAAUAGAUUUUCAGACUCGGGGCUUCAAAUGUGAUUGCAUUAUCUGCCAAAAUAUCCAGGAGAAAAGUAUUCUGGAAAAGAGAUGGAGACUCAUACAUGAGUUGGCAGUGGCUUUUGCAGAUCUUAAAGUAGCUACUAUCGAACCGCCGCGACAUGCACUCCCAGCAUCUCAUGUUCCCUACAUCUAUCUCCGAGAUCCUUAUAUGGCCCUUGCGAUGCUGGAAUCUGUCCAGAACCACCCAUGGAAAACCAUCACUUCCUGUUUGACGUGCCUUGAAUCACUUGGGUGUGUCAUGGAGGGCGGAAAACUUCCAUAUGCUGGUAAGUCCCUCCUCGUCAAGAAAUGGGGAUUGAUGACCGAUCAUUUGGUAAGAUGUUGGAUGUGUCUUUCGCGAGCUUACAACGGUUUGUCCUUUGAGUUCUCAACCCAGGCACAGGAACAUGCCCAAGUCACAUGCAAGAUUUGCGUCGGCGAGGAUGAGAUUUUCGAGGAGACAGACUUAUGGGAAUGUCUCGGUGCGGUCCGACGAGUUGCUGGAUAA